AUGCUUGCUGGACGUAAGACGUGUUGUAAUAUUCGAGUUGCGGGUGUUGUCCCGAGUGUCGUUUCGUUCUGCUCUAAUAUCGACAUUUCUGUCCGUGGUGGAACUGGUAUCCAGGAACCGCUAUCGAAGAAGAGAAUUACUCAUGCAAAUUCAUUGUUUUGCAAGAAAAGCAGCUUUUUGUCCUGCAAGUCAACGAAGACUUCGGGAUAUCAGCAACAAGUGCGAGGUCAAUUUAGCACAAAAGCUAAUCGUGCAUGUACAUAUCGACGACUACAGAGGAUUCUACAGAUGAAGCAAUCUAUGGUAUGGAUAGAUCAUUGGCUCAGGUUCACAGCACUCCUUUCAGCUCAAAUGACACUCUUCUCGUAG